AUGUCUGGGGUCAUUUUUAGUUCUUCUUUAAUUUUACCUCAAUUAUAUUCAACUUCAAGGCGGAUUGUUAAAAUGUCUGUAACUGAAACCAGAAAUCCUGGAAUGUCGUUCGAGUCGAUGGUAAUAAAACCUCCUUCACAUCCUACAUAUGACUUGAAGGGUGUAAUUAAGUUAGCUCUUGCUGAAGAUUCUGGGGAUCGAGGAGAUGUGACUUGUUUGGCAACUAUUCCUAUUGACAUGGAAGUGGAAGCCCAUUUCUUGGCAAAGGAGGAUGGAAUCGUUGCUGGAAUUUCACUUGCGGAGAUGAUAUUCCAUGAGGUUGAUCCCUCGCUAAAGGUGGAGUGGUCUCGAAAAGAUGGAGAUUAUGUUCAGAAAGGACUGCAGUUUGGAAAAGUCUCUGGACGGGCCCACAACAUUGUUGUUGCUGAAAGAGUAGUGCUAAAUUUUAUGCAGCGGAUGAGCGGAAUAGCAACUCUGGCGAAGACAAUGGCAGAUGCGGCACACCCAGCUUGCAUUUUAGAGACACGAAAAACUGCCCCAGGUUUACGUUUGGUUGAUAAGUGGGCGAUACUAAUUGGUGGAGGGCGAAAUCACAGAAUGGGUUUAUUUGAUAUGGUUAUGAUAAAAGAUAAUCAUAUAUCAAUCGCUGGAGGUAUCACAGAUGCCAUAAAAUCUGUUGAUCAAUACUUAGAGGGGCAAAACCUUCAGAUGGAGGUUGAGGUUGAGACCAGGACUCUUGAGGAAGUAGAUGAGGUGCUACGUUAUACAUCUCAAACAAAGUCAUCCUUGACCCGGAUAAUGCUAGAUAAUAUGGUUAUACCACUAUCAAAUGGGGAUGUUGAUGUAUCUAUGCUUAAAGAUGCUGUGGAAAUGAUCAAUGGGAGAUUUGAGACUGAGGCGUCUGGCAAUGUUACUCUUGACACUGUGCACAAAAUUGGACAGACUGGGGUAACCUACAUUUCCAGUGGUGCACUGACACAUUCUGUUAAAGCACUUGACAUCUCCCUCAAAAUAGAUACGGAGUUGGCACUUCAAGUUGGAAGGCGCACAAAACGAGCAUGA